AUGAGGCCGGGAGCAUUUUCGUUGCUCCUAUUGACUGCACUUGCGCUCAUCUUCACAAGUCCCCUAUCGUAUGCGCAGGUUUCCUGGAUUGUAACAGUAUCACCACUACACAAUUUUUGGCAAUGCAUCCCAGACCUUGAACUGCAAUUAGAUCCAGACACACUUCACGAGGCUGCAAUCUCCACAAAGAGUGAUGCCGCAAUGAAGGUACUCGACCACAUUGGGAUUUCCUUCAUCGUGAACCUGGAUAAUCCCGUUCAGAUGCAAUGCCUACUCGAUGUGCUUCUAUUUGGUAAUCUACAAAAGGGUGUUUGCCCUUCUCCGUAUAGCUCCUCAUUGUAUUCCUUGUUGCAGAUCUCCUUCCCGGUGGAGCUGAGGCAGCGAUACGGGGUUCAGCGCUUGAAAUCGUUGGAACAUAUAGCGCUACCUGAUGUUUGGAAUGCGAUAGAAAAUACCUCAGUGGUGGCCUCAACGCUCAACGCAGUAGAGGAAGUCAUCGCAGCCAUGCCUAACGUGAACCCGCCAGGCAUGAUUGUGAUCAAGCUGCCGGCUACCGUCGCUGGAGAUGUUCAUCCGCAGACCUUUUCCAUCCCGCUAGCUGACAUCAGUGUUACGGCGGGCCCGUCAAUCAACUCGUGGUGGGUUCACUUUGAUUACACAGCGACUUACAAACGACUUUUGUGGCAAAAGAGGAUCCAAGCCAAGCGCCACUAUAACGCUACGCUUGACAGGUCGAGCAAGGGGCCGCCGAGGGCACCUCAGCAGUUCGAAGAAGAGGGUGCCUCAGAAGCAACCGCAUCGGGGCCCCUAAACAGUUCCAACCAGCCUCCACAAUCCCCAGGCUUUACAUGUUCAGAUCCCUUCCUGGAUCCGCGAUUGGGCGACCCGUUUGAGGCGCUUGAAGGGGGAUCUCUUGCCUGCAUGAAGCUCACCCGCGCGUGGCGAACGCUGCGAGAGCAGCGCGUGUUGAGCUCCGACUCCCGUCUGAUGCAGCUACGCCGGCUGCUCGCGCGUUACCGCUGCCCUCAUGAGGAGGAGAGGGAGGAGAAUGUGGAGGCCGGCGUUGAGGAAAGAGAUAAGGAGAUGUGCGUAAAUUUCUGUCAAGCCCUUCAGGAGACGCGUGGGUGGGGGCAGCGGACGGGGCAACCCCUUACCACCGCCCAAAGCUUCGCCAUUUUUUUGUCGUCGUUUGGGAAAAAUUUGACGACCGCGGCGCCGUCCUCAGGUGCCGGGAAUUGGUGGGGGGUUCGUACCUCACCGCGGGACGACGAUUUUGAUGACCAGGGUUUUCUGAAACGAACCUUGGACUUCAUCCACCGCCAGGGCGAUCGGUUGUGUGGCUGUGAUGUUUCUUAUGCAGAAAGAGGUGAAUUCGUCUAUCUAGCCGCACUCCUGCAACUCCUGCAACCGCCGGGCCGCCCCAACACCACCUCCCUACGGGCGCAUACAACGGAGGAGUAUAAUAACCCCCCGAGUCCCCGUGUGGUUGUUGAUUUCUACCAAGCCAUGUGGUAUGAAUCGCCACACGCGAUAGCAGCUCUCGCCACGCUGCGGGAGCAUGGCAUCCUCACAAGGCAACACCACAAGGCUGCGUUAUCCCUUCUGCUUCGCUCCAUGCGUGGAAAGUCGGCGUUUCUCUUCCGACAGCUCUUUCUCCAACAAAGACGCCGCAGCGAUGCUGCGGCGGAGAAAAUGAACAGCAGCCUGGGGUUCAAUAGGACUUCCCCGGCAGAGCUCCUUCUAAGGCAGGAGCGUUUCUAUGCUGUGCUGAACGGAUUUGGAAACUUAAACUACCCUGUUAUUUCACGGAAGAGCAUAGAUUCGAUACUUUCUAUGGAUGAUCAACAGCCCUACGACCCCGAGGGGCUAAGGCCAAUAAAUGACGCCGAAGAUAUCCUCUCGGAGGAAGAAAAUCUAGAGGUGGCCUCUGGUCGUGAGGUGGGACGUUUAUCGGCUCAAGCAGCCAACCAGCUCACAAAGGCUAGUAUAUUGCUGGCAGGCCCUAUGGAUGUCAAGCAGGACCUGCGGCGAGUCGAGUGCGAACUCCUCACGAUACUCCGGAUGUUCGGCUACCUCUGUGAUGUUGAGCUCUUGGACAGUAUGGAGCUAAACGAGGAGGCAACAAGCACAAAGUACCAUCGAGCUCGACUUUAUCGAGGCAUCUGCAUGGAACACACGCUUGCGCUUGGCGAUCUUCUGUCAAGCCCUGGGCGCCUCCGCAUUAGCUGCCCCACCUGGUUGCGGAUGAAACGCGAAGCGGCAACCGAAUCCGUCACUUUGCCCAUUCCACGGAUGAAGAAGAACUUCCUGACGCUACAACAAACUCUGAUGUUGCUUAGCUACCUAUAUCUACUGGAGAAGCAGGAAUACGAGCUCGUGUCAGCGUAUGCGAGCCUGUCGGUCGAUUUAUCAGCUGCUGCACAUAAAGUGGCUUAUGCUGAUCUACGCCCUAAAGUUCUUCAUGAACUCGCCAAGCUAAGUAAGCUUCAUCAAGAGACAUCAGAUGGUGGACGGGCAAACACUGAGAGUGGAGGCCUUCAAUUUGAUUCUAAGAAUCUCUACCGCCACCUCAAGAACUGGGGCGAAAAAAGGUUAGCUAAAGUUGCCGGCACCAAGCUUCCAUACGAUGCGUUCCAAAGUAAAGCAUCUCCCUUAGCAUUGGUCGACUCUCCCGUUGCUUUCAUCGGGGAGCAAAUGACCCUCUUGGCUGCGUGUGCUCUUUUAGAUCAAACCGUGAAGCCUCGAAAACUAAACUCCCUCUCUUCCUCCAAGGUUUUUGGGCCUGCUCAAAUGUCAGCCUCCAUGUGGCAUAUAAACAACCUUUUCUACCACGUUUUUCGGGUUCCUUUUAGUCGAUCUCCUCAAGAGGCGGCGUUCCUGAUGUUGCUGACUGCGAUGAAUCAAUGGGAACACACACAAUCGAGUAUCAACAUGUUGGAUCAAAGUUACCUAUCGGUCCAUACAAUUGAUUCAUUUGUGUUGAUGACCUGGUUGUUGAAUGAUUAUCCAAAAGAGCUCCCUGAGUAUGCCAAUGAGGGAAAGAGCAAAUCAUUGGAUGACAGCUCCCUCCUGAACAGACUCCUGGGCCUUGCAAUCACGCAAUAUCGAGGUUUAGUCGGUAGAAGGCGCAAGUUUCUUCCCCUACCGGACGAUACCAUCCGAUUUUACAGCCGCAGACUCUUGUCCUUUUCUGCUCGCAAUGUUCGUAGCUCGGAGUCCGUCGUGGAGCUGCUCUUUAGUGGGCUUGCCGCUCCUGUUAACCUACUAGACGAGCUCACAUCCCGUCGCUCCAUUUUUCAGGCUCUCCGGAAUGGAAAGCAACGCGAUUUGGAUCGAACGCAGCUACUCCCGCUCCUCUAUGCGAGCGAUACCGAUGAGUACCUCUCCUCCUUGAACUGGACGCGGCUUGAGCGUCUCGGCGACCGAGUUGCGAAUGCGUUCUACUACCUCUUCACGGAAACCACCGAGGAGGCGUUACUGCGGAAGAUGGGGAUAGAGAUUCUCUCUCCCCCACUCACCUUUCCCACCGAUGAUCAACCCCAAUCCCAACUCACGUUGGAGAGCCCAGCGGAGUUCGUGGCGGCUUUUCUGGAGUGCUUCGCCUCCUCGCCUCGCGUGCGGGCGCUGAGCAUCGCCACGCUGCUGCUUUCCAUCGCGCUGGAGUCUGGCGACCCGACGGGGUUUGCGUUGAUCUUUUUUGAGGCAGGCGAGCGCCAUAACCCGUUUAUGGUCCCUUUCGCGGAUUACGUCGCGCAUGAGGUGUGGGAUGACGCCGUCAUGGCGCGCAUGUGGUGGGAGCAUCACGCCGUCGCGCAGUGGCAUCGCGAAAAGGCGCGGCUGCACGGCUACUGUAGUGCGCUCUCGCUCGACGCGCACUCUCCUUUUCGAUAUAAAGCGGUGGAGCUUCGGCAGGAGCUCAUGACCUCCGUCAGCAGGUGGCGCGCGAAGCGAGAGAUCCAACGGGCGAUGGCGGCGUCGAAUAGCUCGGAGGGGCGGGGGAGCCCACGGCGACUACACAACGCGAUGUCCAUCCUCCUCCAAUGUACGAGCUCAAUUCUUCACACCUUGGCUUCAGGGUGUCCAACCAAUCCAAAUACCUCUCGCGCUGCUACCAACACAACGCAAAAUGAAGGCCACACCAGGGGUUGCAGGGAUGAUGAUAGGAUGUGGCUUGAGAAUAUUCCCUCAACGUUAUACGACAGCAUGUUGUUCCCCGCAGGCGACCCACAAUGCGCAUUGGAGCUUUAUUCUCUUUUAGAGCAAGUGCAUGGGGAUUCUUUCACUGCGCGGAUGAGAAGCAACUUCAUGACGUACGUUGUGGGGGAUUUGGUUGGCCGCCUAACUUACUAUUACAAUCUCACUACAAGCCCGUUGUCGAAGGACGUAUUGCCGCCCUCAAGCGCAAUUCUGGAAGGUGACGGGUUGCAUAGCAAAAGUGGAUUAAAAAAGGGAAAGGAUGGCAUAUAUGAAAAUGGCAACAAGGACCAUUACGGGUCUGACCUCGAGAGGGAGUUUUUGGUGGAGCCGUGGAAUCGGAUUGGGGCGGCGCUUAGGGAGGAGAUGCCAAUGUCACUUGGGCGUGGUGAAGGAAUGCUUUAUAACCUUCGUCUGCAUCGUUUAAGUGGGAUGCGGUGGGGGGUCAAAGCUAUAUCUUUGUGGAGUAAAGUGAAUAAUUGGUUCAGAAGGCACGAGCAAAAUAGAAAAUGA